UGGUGCGGCAUAUCUGCAAUCUGCAUACAAUAUCCGCUCAAUACACUCGUUUCUCAAAACAACGCCUGUCACCGCUGACCGCCGGUCGACUGCGCCCCGACUUCCUCUUUCUUCUUCAGCAUAAAUCCCCAAUCCGCGUAAUCGAUCGGCCGUGUAUUAUCCAUCAUUCUCGUAUCGCCAAUGACCCCGUCGCGCCAGCUGGGGCACUGCAAUUUUCAUACGGAUUAAAUCCUCCCGUUUAUUCGCUAAAUAUCUCCACUACUGUCUGCGAUAUUUCCCUAGAAUAAUUCGUGAUGGAAUACAUAUUUGCGGGGGAGGCAUAAAUUUGCCAGAUAAUUAGACUGCGCAGCACGUCGCGGUUGAUUGUGUUGUUGAUGUUGGUGUUGGUGUGUUGCGGCCCCGGGUCAGAUCAGGCUCGGCGAGCAUGUAGAACGUGAAGAGACGGCGUUGUCUGCUAGCGUGAUGUUACAGUACAGCUGGCACUUGUAAUCACCAUAAUUCAGGCAGUGUAUCGGCGCAUCUUGAUGAUCAUUAUGCCGCCGGCGGCGCUGCAGCGGACUACUUUGGCGGAUUACAAAGUGGAUGCGGAAUGGCGAGAGAUUUUCGGCUCCGGCAUCGACCUGAGCAGCUGCAUGCUGGACAUCCUGGACUCCUUCCCCAUGGCCACCCCCGCCCCGCCCUCCUCUUCCUCCCCGGGAGCCGACGACUCGCCGGUGGCGGCGGAGGAGCCCUACCCCGACAGCCAGUCCACCAGCACCCUGUCCUCCGACUCCGGACUGCAGCUGCAACGCAACUCCGCCUGGCGGAACUCUUCUUCCUCCUCCUCAUCCAACCAGUCGUCCCUGUCACUGGUCAGCGACCGCGAUCUGGACCAUUUAGAGGGCAGCACCGGCAACCGCCUGUCCACGCAUUCCACCGGCUCCAAGACGCACUAUAUCAUGGAGGAGAUCAUCCAGACGGAGAAGAACUACGUCAGUGAUUUGCAGCAGAUUUGUCAGGGUUAUCUACAACCGAUGAACGAAUCCUCGCUCUUCUCAUCCAUCGACGUCGUCACCGUCUUCGGCAACCUGGAAGAAAUAUGGGAAUUCCAUCAGCACUUUCUGGAGCGGCUGAUCCCGCCGGACAUGUACGGGCCGGCGUACAUCGCCUCGGCCUUCAGCUGGGCCGGCGAACAGUUCCCGAUUUAUACGACCUACUGCAGCAACUACCCCUCCAGCGUCACCCACCUAGCCGGCUUAAUGCAGCAACAACCGGCCUGGUUCAAGCAGCAACAAGCCGCCGCCCACCACGCCCUGCCUCUAGGGCCGUACCUGUUAAAACCCAUCCAGCGGGUGCUCAAGUACCACCUGUUGCUAGACAAACUCCUCGACAGCUGCGACGCCGACUACGACGGCUACGCGACGGUGGAGCGGGCGCUGGAGACGAUGAAGCGUUUAGCGGAGGAUAUCAAUGAGGUGCAGCGCCAGAAGGAACGCCGCGUCCGCCUGCAGGAGCUGCAGGUGCUGUUGGUCGAACUUCCGGCGGAGUUAAGCACGCAACAGUUCGGGGAGUUGCUGAUGGAGGACAUGUUCCCCGUUUCCAUCGGGAAGCGCGCCAAGAGUGACCGCAACGUGUUUCUCUUCGAGAACGGCCUGCUCAUCGUCAAGCAGCGCGAGGAUUCCACUUUCCAUUUCAAAUUCUAUAUUGCGCAUUCCAAUCUGAUGCUGUCGGAAGUGAUCCCCGAGAGUCCCCUGCUCUUCAGCGUCAUUCCCUUCGACAAUCCCACAAAUUCGCAGUUGAUCACUCUUGAAGCCAAGAACCUGGAGCAUAAGCGGGCCUGGACCAGUCGGCUGAAGGAGCUCUUGUUAAAGCACUUCGGCGCCAACAUCCCGGAGCACGUGCGCCAGCUGGUGAUGGAGCUGGGCGCCGUCAACCAGCCGGCCAACGACACCGACUCCGCCACGCGCCGCUUCCGCAACUUCUUCACCACCGCCAACGCCGCGCCCGACUACCUGGCCAAACGCCGCACCAAGAGCCCCGCACGGGAAUACGUCAUCAAAACGGAUACCCGAAAUGUUCGCGAUAUGCGCCGGAAAACCGCACCGGUCCUGGAUUUCGAUGCGACGCUGGAACCGAAACUUGUCAAGCCGGUCGGGAAGCCGCCCAAGAAGGAGAAGGAGCGCAAAGCCACCUCCGUCUUCCACGUUUCCGUCACCGACGCGUAUGCGCCGCGCAUGAAGGAAGACGAAUUCCUCUACGAAGAGACGCACGUCAUGGAUCUGUCCCGCUCCGACGGCGACCGGCGCCGCUCCAGUGUCAGCCUCCAAGAAUCAGAAACCGUGGUAUCCACGCCGCGCCGACAGUUAUCACGGAAACCGUCGAUCGAUGAGCCGGAAACGCCGGAAGCCGGCGACACGAGCACCCUGCGUUUCAAAGGCCUGCGCAGCGCUUUCGGAAAGGCGUACAAGCAGACCAAAGACGUCCUCAUCAAGCCCAUCAUCAAGAGCUUCAACAGCGAGGAUAACAAGCCGGUCAGCUCGUACUUCGGUAGCGGAGUGGGCGCCGAGAUCCUCGACGCGGACUGCAUGGAUUCCGGCAUGUCCGGCACGCUGUCGCCCGCCGACGGGGAGCAGCCGGGCGAGACGACGUGUCGCAGCAGCGAGACCAACGAAUCCGACGGGUUUUACGAGCGGGACUUGGAACUGCUGGAGACGCUGGCGGGGGAUAAUUUGUCGUGCGGCGAUGGAGAUUCUGCUGUAUACAGCGACAAAGAACAGGAAGAUGAACGUAUUGGUCGGAGUAAGCCUUCCAUGUUGGAGAACCUGACCCAUCCGAAGUUGCGACGCAUUUAUGGCAGCACAGACUCCUCGCUGGACAAGCCGACGAAGACGAGCAUCCGGCGGAAGGCGGCCAUCAAGCGCCGGCCGAGCGCGCCCAAAGUGAAGAGCGCCCCCAGCACGCCGCGCAUCGCCGACCGCACCGCCAUGCUCUGCCCGCGCGCCUCGCCCUCCGAACUCAUCCAGGAGAAGAUCAAGUCCCUCGAGGAGAAGGCCCACUGGAAGAGCAGUGCGCCGCCCGAUCCAGAACUCAGACAAAUCGAGGAGAUCGCCAAAGCCACGCGGAAGACAUCCGGCCAUCAUCAGCCGCGCGGCGGUUAUUCGCAGCUGGAGCCGCAACUGCACCCGCCCACGGACAGCGAGAUCAGUCUGCGGCCCAGCUGGGUCAACAUGAUGGUCAAGAAGAUUGAGUCCGGCAGCGGCAAGAUAUGAGCGAGACGUGCCAUCCGUUAAACUGAGUCAAGUCGCCAACUGUCCCGUCAUUCAGCGGAAAUGUGUUGAUAUUAUGUUGUGCAGCUGUGCGCGAGUUGAGAGAUUUCUGUGAUUUUUUCAGUGAGGUUGUCUGUUUCAAUGCGUACAAUCUGACCCUUUAUCUUGUGAUCCGUCGGCUCUUUUUCUACUAUGUACAGUUUUCUGCUAAACCGAUCCUGGAAGUAAUAAACGAAUGCGUUG